AUGCCCCAGGACGAGCUGCCGUUGCCAGCGAACUUCGCGCGAGAAGUCAUCGACGUUUCCGUCGCCGAUGAGAUGUCAGAAUCGUUCCUGGCGUACUCGCUUUCCGUUAUCACCAGCCGCGCGAUUCCUGAUGUACGAGACGGACUCAAGCCUGUCCAACGCCGCAUUCUGUACUCGAUGCUUGGCAUGGGAAUCCGACCUGAUGGCCCUCAUCGCAAGUCGGCGCGGGUGGUCGGCGACACGAUCGGCAAGUUCCACCCCCAUGGUGACAGCGCUAUCUACGACGCGCUGGUUCGCAUGGGCCAGGACUUUUCACGCAAUGUCACGCUGAUCGACCCCCAGGGGAACUUCGGAAGCCUCGAUGAGCCACCGGCCGCCUAUCGGUACACCGAGUGCCGGCUCACGCAUGCAGCCAUGGCCAUGCUCGGCGAACUCGACGAAGAAACCGUUGCAUUUACUCCAACUUACGAUGGCGACUCGACCGAACCCGAGUCUCUUCCAGGGUUGCUGCCAAAUCUGUUGGUCAACGGAACGAGCGGUAUUGCUGUCGGCAUGGCGACUUCGAUGGCGCCGCACAAUCUGGCCGAGAUUGCUGAUGCCAUCGAACUCGUUCUGACACAACGGCGGCCCAAGCCGACGGUGCAGCAACUGAUGGAACAUGUUCCAGGUCCUGACUUCCCUUCCGGCGCCAUCGUGGUCGAUAAUGACCUCGCAGAGAUGUACGCCUCGGGCCGAGGCUCGGUCACGCUGCGCGCGCGAGCCCACAUCGAGCAGCUCACGCCGAAGCGUCAGGGAAUCAUCGUUACCGAGCUCCCUUACCUGGUCGGGCCAGAGAAGAUCGUCGAGAAGGUCAACGCGUUGCUGCGCGAUGACAAGCUCAAGGGCGUUGCCAGCAUCACGAACUUCAGCGACCGCACGUCGGGCUUGCGGUUGCAGAUCGAUUGUGAUGUCGGCGUGAACCCGCAGGCCGUGCUCGAGCAGCUCUACCGCAUGACACCGUUGCAAGACACGUUCACCAUCAACAAUGUGGCGCUGGUCGACGGUGUGCCGACCACGCUUUCACUUCUUGAGUUGUGCCAGCACUACAUCACGCACCGUCUCGACAUCAUCCAGCGGCGCACCGAGUACCGCCUGCAACGAGCUCAGGACCGUCUCCACAUCGUGUUGGGCCUCCUCAUAGCGCUCGACAACAUCGACCAAGUCAUUGCCAUCAUCCGUGGCUCAGAAACCGUGCCCGAGGCUCGCGAGUCGCUGGUCGAACAGCUUGACCUUUCCCCCAUCCAAGCCACGCACAUUCUGGAUAUGCAGUUUCGCCGGUUGGUCGGACUCGAGAAGCAGAAGCUUGUCGAUGAGCGCGACGAACUGAUCGACACCAUCGACGGCUACGAAAAGCUCCUCGCCAGCGAGACCCGUCAACGCAAGCUUGUACUCGCCGAGCUCAGGCAACUGGUCGAAGACCACGGCAGCGCACGCAGAACUGAAAUCAUCAACUCCAACGACAUCGAGACGUUUACGCCUGCCGACCUCGCUCCUGCGCCGGCCGAUGUCACCGACGAGAGCUGCGUUAUGUCGCUGUCUUCAUCGGGCCAGAUCGGCCGCGAGUCCCUCGAAGGAGCCAAGCGGGCAACGCCAGGACGUCAUGACCUCGUCGUCGCAACCGUCGAAACCACCACAGCUUCCUUGGUGUGGGCCAUCACGUCCGAGGGCCGGGCACUUUCCGCCUUGGCUCACGACGUGGGCGAAGUCGGCGGACGCAGUCGUGGUGUGGCGGCCAGCCAGCUGUUUGGCACGAACCGAGGCGAAGACGUGCUCACCAUCGUGUCCGGACCGAUCGACGGUCACCUUGUACUUGUCACGCGCGGCGGCGUCGCGAAACGACUGACCGUCGAAGAGCUCGAAGCCACUCGAGCAGGCACCACGGUCAUACGCCUGAAAGAGGGCGAUCAGCUCGCUGGAGCCUUCGCCUGCGCCGACAGCUUCGACAUCGUGAUGGUCGCCGACAACGCGAACGUGCUGCGCACCAGCGUCGAGGGUAUUUCGAUUCAGGGUCGCGGUGCCGCCGGGGUUGCGGGCAUGAAGCUCAAGGGCCAAAGCCAGAUCGUGGCGGCUGGUCCGGUAGAUCCCCAAGUGUGGGACGGCUCCGUCGUGUCGGUCACCUCGGGCGCCGAAGCCAAGGCCACGCCGUACGACGAGAUACCGGCCAAGGGGCGCGGUGCGGGCGGCGUGCGUCUGACCAAGCUCAAGGAUGGCGACAAGCUCAUCGCUGCUUACGUAGGCUCGAUUGAGAGCCUGUGGGUGCUCAUGUCAACCGACGACGAUGCGUCCAAGCUCGAUCCGGUACCUGUUUCAUUCUCUAUUGAACCGACCAAACGCGAUCUCGUCAGCACGACGACCGAGCGCCAAAUUCUCAGUGUCGGUCAAGUUCGCUGGAACUAG